ACUCGUUACUGCAAGGAAACCUCCUAUCCCCGAGCUAUCGAGGUCUGUAUCUAGUGUAGAACCCCGUGGCACCUCCGUGCUUUCUCGAUCUCAAUCAAGCAGCACCGCUCUGGCAUCUUCUACCUCAUCUUCCAAAGCACAGACUGCUUCCACACGUGGCGGUGGUGUCAUGAAGCCCACGGUUUCCCAGCUAGCUCGCGUGAAAGCAACUGUAGCGGCCCGAAAGCCGUCGGUAAUGGAUCCGAAGACGAGAACAAAAAGAAUUGCCAGCGCGACGAAGGCUUUGGCAGUUUCUUCAGUCAAGUCCAAGAUUGCGAGCAAGCGAGUGGUAUCGGCCAGCCACAAAGAAGUGGAGAAGAAGGAUACACGAGUCAUAGCAGUCAGCGACAAUGUCUCGCACGCGACAACACCUAUCUCAGCGCCACUUCCCCUUGGUUCUGAAGAAACUGCUCUUCCCACAGGUGAUCUCUCUUCUACCCCCGUGCAACCGGUGCACGAAGAAACCGCUCCAAAUGCUCCCUCGCAAGACCUGCUGCCUGUUCCGUUACUUGCAUCUCCACUUACUGCAUCUCCACCGUCGCCUAAAGCAUCCGCGCCGUCUGAACCAUUGACUGCCACGUCUCCCAUGUCACCAGAAACCGAUCAGACACCUACCCAACGGAAAGCUUCCGUAAAGGGUAUCUUCUCAUCGGAUCCUAGCGUGCUUAUGCGAGGAACACCGAUCUCCAGCCUCGUGUCUUCAAUCCAACAGGGCUUCAUGUUCACCCCACAUUCACCCUUGUCACCACCACAAUCUUAUGCUCGCUCCGGCCCAGACUUUGGUGACAUCACCGAAUGCUGGUCCCCUCCCACCUGGCCGACCCAUAUGAUGGGCGACAUCAGUACCAUUGGGUCUGCAGAGGGAUUGGGAUUCGACGUGAUGAUGGAAAGCACCCCCAAACAGGCACCGGUGGAGCGGCGGAGGGCACUGCUCACGGUUGAUAACAACCAAUAAUGUGAUAAAAUGUUCCGCUAUCCGCUGCGUCAUACCAUUACUUCUAUUUCUGACUUCACACUGCGCUUGUGAACACUUUACUUAUGAUCGGAUGACGUCGGGCUAUGGUUGUAUCUUCGCGGUAGAUUAUGAGAAUGUAAUGAUAUUUCAAAACG